AAGUGUUUCAUCGAAACGUUUACACAGGACUUUCCGUGUAUCUUUAUAAUGUUAAAGCUGGAGGAUUUGAGAUCCUGUAUCUUGUAAAAGUUUGAUCAAGAGUCAGUGGAGGAGAUCAAACUCAUCAGAUUCUCCUGCUUCUUCAUCAUGGCUGAUUCACAAGCAUCCAGAGAUGGAGAUUUCUCUCCAGGAUGCAGUUCAGACCAGCAGAAGAGCUCAAACCCAGAGUCCAGCUGUGUGUCUAUGAAGAGUAACUGGUCUAUGGAGCAGCCAAUGAAGUUUAAGAGUGGAGACACACAGCCUGAUCUCAGGUCAAAUCUUCCAUCCAGACCAGUUAAAAACAAAACUGUGUUCAUGCCUGUGAUUCAACCACAAGACUUUAAUGAAAGCAUGUGUCCUGGUUUCAUCCCUGACUCUAAACCGGCUGAAGUCCUCAACACAUUGAGAUCAAAUCUGAGACAGAAGUUUGAGUGUGUGUGUGAGGGAAUAUCAAAGCAGGGAAACCCAACACUCCUGAAUGAGAUCCACACAGAGCUCUACAUCACAGAGAGUGGAAGUGGAGAGAUCAAUAAUGAGCAUGAGGUGAGACAGAUUGAGACACAGUCCAGGAGAGCAGAAACAGAGGACACUCCGAUCAAAUGUUGUGACAUCUUUAGACCUUUACCUGGACAAGACAAACCCAUCAGAACUGUGCUGACAAAGGGAGUCGCUGGCAUUGGGAAAACAGUCUCUGUGCAGAAGCUCAUCCUGGACUGGGCUGAAGGGAAAGAGAAUCAGGACGUCCAGCUCAUAUUCCCACUCGCUUUCAGAGAGCUCAACUUGAUGAAGGACAAAACACUCAGUCUCUCAGAUCUUCUUCAUCGCUUCUUCCCUGAAAGCAGAGAAAUGGCCAUAUCCAGUGAUGAGUAUAAAGUGCUGUUCAUCUUUGAUGGUCUGGAUGAGUGUCGUCUGUGUCUGGAUUUUCAGAGCGAUGUGAGGUUGUGUGAUGUGACUGAAUCCGCCUCAGUGGACGAGCUGCUGACGAACCUCAUUGUGGGGAAUCUGCUUCCCUCGUCUCUCAUCUGGAUCACCUCCAGACCAGCAGCAGCGGAUCUCGUCCCCUCUGAGUGUGUCCAUCGAGUGACUGAGGUACGAGGCUUCAGUGACACACAGAAGCAGGAAUACUUCAGCAAGAGGAUCAGUGAUCAGAGUCUGGCCCACAGGAUCAUCUCACACCUGAAGUCCUCAAGGAGCCUCUUUAUUAUGUGCCACAUCCCAGUGUUCUGCUGGAUCUCAGCCACUGUUCUAGAGGAGAUGUUUAGGAAAUCACGGAAAGGAAAGUUUCCCAAGACUCUCACUCAGAUGUACACACACUUCCUGCUCAUUCAGACCAACAUCAAACAUGAGAAGGACUAUGAGAAGAAAGUGAAAGAUGAAGACAUGAUUGUGAAACUGGGGGAACUGGCGUAUCGGCAGCUUGAGAAAGGCAACCUGAUCUUCUAUGAGGAAGACCUGAGCGAGUGUGGCAUUGAUGUGGCAGAAGCAUCAGUUUACUCAGGAUUGUGCACUCAGAUCUUCAGAGAGGAGUUGGGCUUGUGUCUGGGGAAAGUCUUCUGCUUUGUUCAUCUGAGCAUUCAGGAACAUCUAGCAGCUCUAUAUGUGCAUCUCUCCUUUAUCAACAAUAACAUCAAUGUGUUUGGCCAGAUUACCAAACCAACUAAUGGAGCCAAAGUGUCCCUAUCUGAUCUCCAUCUGAGAGCUGUGGAUGAGGCUUUACACAGUAGAAAUGGGCAUCUGGACCUUUUCCUUCGUUUCCUUCUGGGUCUGUCAGUGAAGUCUAAUCAGAGUCUCUUACAAGAACUAAAGACACAGACAGCAAACAGCUCUCACAACAAUGAGGAAACGGCUGACUAUAUUAAAGAGAAGAUCAGUGAGAAUCCCUCUCCAGAUAAAUACAUCAAUCUGUUUCACUGUCUGAAUGAACUGGGUGAUCUUUCUCUAGUGAACGCAGCUAAACCUUAUACGAGCCGUGGAGGAUUAUGUGAUGUGAAACUCUCCUCGUCUCAGUGGUCAGCUGUAGUGUUUGUGUUGUUGUUCUCAGUGAAGACACUGCAGGAGUUUAACCUGAAGAUUUUAAUUGGAUACAGUAAUGAUGGUGUCCCACAAAACACUGCAGAUGAAGUUCUUCAGAAGCUGCUGGCGGUGGUUACAGAAACUAGAUGCGCUGUGUUGUGUGAUUGUGGAGUCACAGAUGAAGGUUGUGCUGCUCUAGCUUCAGCUCUGAGAUCAAACCCCUCACACCUGAGAGAACUGGAUCUGUCUAGGAAUGAACUAGGAGACUCAGGAGUGAAGCUGCUCUCUGCCGUACUGGAGAAUCCUCUCUGUAAACUGGAGAAACUGUGGUUGGAGGGUUGUGGUGUGACAGAUGAAGGUUUUGUUGCUCUGGCUUCAGCUCUGAGAUCAAACCCCUCACACCUGAGAGAUCUGAGUCUGUCUUGGAAUGAACUAGGAGACUCAGGAGUGAAGCUGUUUUCUGCUGUACUGGAGAAUCCUCUCUGUAAACUGGAGAAACUGUGGUUGAUUAGGUGUGGAGUCACAGAUGAAGGUUGUGUUGCUCUGGCUUCAGCUCUGAGAACAAACCCCUCACACCUGAGAUAUCUGAGUCUGUCUAGGAAUGAACUAGGAGACUCAGGAGUGAAGCGGCUGAAGGAUCUGGAGGAUGAUCCACAUUAUAAACUGGAGACACUAGAGUAUUAUAUGCCAGUCUGAUCAUCUGCUGAUCAUCUGAUGGUGAAUAAGGAUCCACUACAGAGACUCACAGUCAACAGAAUCAACAGAGACUGAAGAUACAGGGACUUCACUGUUAUAAAUUAAGACUUCUUUAGAUUUUAACGAUCCUCU